AACUUGUUUCCUUCUGUGCAUGAAACACAAACUUUGACUGUCAUGUUUUACAUAUUUGCGCCUGGCUGAGUUUUCCUUCUCGUCCCUAAACAAAUGCAAAGCCAAGUCCAGGUGUUCAUGAACCUUGUCCUUUACGAUGUUUGGACUCUGCAUGCAGACGAGCCAACAUCACACUCUAACGCUUCAAGGUAAAUGUUGGAACGCGACUAUAUAAUAUUCUUAUAUUCAUUGUCUCAAGGAAAUGCAAACUAAAGGAGUACGCAGGUUAAAAUAUUUUCUAUGUCUAUACUGUCAAGGCUAAAAUGCUGUGUAUUGUGAACAUGUGUUUAUCUUGAUCAAAUUUGUCCCAGCAACGUCGAGUUAAUCACCUUUAAGCUAUUUAAUGACUCAUCUAAUGAUCCAUUGCAUUUUGAAGCUGAAUCUGUUUCUCACUCAGUUCCAGGUUCAUCCUCAGAGACACUGAACGUGCUGCUCUCACUGGUUCUUUCUAAGUUUUUACUCUAGUCCAGGAUGGAGAAGUCCAACGUCACCGGCUGCUCCACUUGUAGCAGCGUGGACGGCCUGUUUGUGGUGACUCUCGCCAUCAUUGCUCUCUGCCUUCCUUUGACCUUGCUGGCUGCCUACUCCCUGUUUACGCUGGUCCAGAAGGAUCAAGUUGUUCCCGUCUACAUCAUCAACGUCCUCCUUUCUGACCUGAUUCAGCUCUGCUGCAUGGUGGUUGAAGUGUCGCUUCAGCCGCUCAACUCCGACCUCUUCUUCUUCGUCUACUACUUCGGUGUGGUGGCCGGCGUGGGCUUCAUGGUGUGCGUGGCUCUGGAGAGGUACCUGGUGGUGGCCUGGCCGCUGUGGUACCGCUUCAGACGAACGCUGGGCGUCUCGCUGGCGGUCUCUGCCGUGGUCUGGACUCUUCCUCUGCUCUACAUCCUCCCUGUGCAUUUCCAGGCGGACUUUGUCGUCAGUGAAACCAUUCUGGCCGUGGUCUUCCUGCUGCCCUACCCGCUGCUCCUGUUCUUCCUCGGCGGGACCCUCAGAGCCUUGUACACCUCCAUCAGCGUCCCUGCUGCUGAAAAGCGGAGGAUUGUGGCGGUUCUGGUUCUGGUGGUGCUCAUUUACACGCUGAUUUUCCUGCCCAGUGCCAUUUGGUCGCUGGCAGAAGAUGCCAGAAGUAACAACACCUUCAGCGAUUUGUCCUUCACUAUAAUCAAGUUCAGUCCUUUGGCCGACUUGUUCCUGUAUGUUUUCCUAAAGCAGGGAGGACUCGGGGACAAGCUUCUGGCCUUUGUCUGUUGCACAAUGGAAAGAAAUGGCAUCAGUAGAUCAGCAUGAAAGGAAACAAGACAUAAGUUACAAUUCAACUGUUAACAUGACUGAGUUUGAGUAGAUGGUUCUACUGUAAUAAACAUCAGUGUUUGUCUUUGUUGUGUGGGUUCUGUUAAAUCUUACAACAGCAGCUCACAGUGGAUGAGGUCAGACAUGCUGCUUCCUGUGGUCGCGCCCCCUUUGUCUUAACUGUAAACAAACAGGAAACCACAGUGUCACAGCAAAGAGCCCAACGGUGAAUGUGCAGCGCUGCGUCUACAGACAGAGCUCUGUAAAAGAUGGAGUAAAUGCUGGACGCCAUCACUUAUGUUUAUGUCAAUGCAUCACAGAGAAGCACGAAUCACUGCAUCCUCGAGAAAAGCACUGCAGACAUUUACACUGCAGCAUGUAUUUGCCUCAUAUUCACCCAGCACUCAUAGAAGCUGCCCACUUCCUGAUCUACUG